GCCGAGAUGGAUGCACUAAAGGACGUUUUCGGAAGAUGCUGCCGAGAACCUGCUACUCGGGUCGCCCCGAGCUGUAUCUGUUGGCAACACUUUUGGCAUCAUCACUACAAUCUCAGCCUCCUCACGAUAACAUCACUGUCAACAGCCCUUCGAUACAUCAACAUAUUUCGACUCUUCUUCUCGGUAUGAAAUCCUCUAAGUGCGCACCACGGAUUAUCAUCCAUGGCGGCGCUGGAAACAUAACUCGCGACAAUCUGGACAAGGAUGCUUAUCAAGCCUACCGAGCUGCCCUUCUAUCGACUCUACAGUCUUCAUAUGCUCUGUUGUUAAGGCCCGGCGCUACAGCCUUGGAUGUUGCAACUCAUGCGGUUUCAAUGCUAGAAGACAAUCCUCUGUUCAACGCAGGUCAUGGCGCCGUCUACACGACCGCAGGGACACAUGAAUUGGAGGCUUCCGUGAUGGUCAGCAAAGGUUAUCACAAGCGCGGCGUCGGUGUCAUGGAAGUUUCGGGAGCANAAAAUCCCAUCAAACUUGCACGCGAGUUGUUGAUCAGAGGAGAAGAUGCAGAUGGAGGUGGCGCUGCAGGUCAUGUCCAACUGGCUGGCGACACUGCAAAUAAGCUUGCAGAAAAAUGGGGCUUGGAGACUGUGAGUCCUGGAUACUACUGGACCAAGCGACGAUGGGAUGAACAUCGCAAGGGCUUGGGUAAAUCUACGGAUCGUGAGACAUAUCUAAGGCACAAGAGACGGGCAGAUAAGUGCUCUUCGUACGUUGCAGAGCGCGCAGCAGAUGCUAGAGACCUCAACAUACACGAUCCUUCCUGGAAUGGCCGAGACUAUCUUCCUCAAGGGACAGUGGGUGCAGUUGUUCUUGAUAGCGAUGGCAUGCUCUGUGUAGCCACCUCGACUGGUGGGCUCACGAAUAAGCUUUCAGGCAGGAUAGGAUGGAUUGAAGAGAACCCAUUCGACCGCCCACGUGGCAUGAUGUACCAGCGACCCACUCUGUCGCCAGCAGCAAGACUGGUCAAUGGUGACUUUGGCAGCGUCCUCCAAGAGUGCUUGCCCAAUUUCUCAUCGUGCCUACCUGUUCCUUCUCAAGAAUCGGUCAAGCUAUUCUCAGCACCUCAUGGAGUCGCUCUCUCCGGAACAGGUAACGGAGAUGCCUUCCUCAAGACGUCUGCAGCUCGUACAACUUCUGCGAUGACCCGUUUCUCUUUUCCACCUCUUCCUCUGGCAGUAUCGGUGUCCCGUAUGGCUGGUCCAGACGGUAUGCUCCAGCAAAGUGCCGAAGAGCGUUGGANNAAAAAGACUGGAGAGGGCGAGGGCGGUAUCAUCGGUAUCGAGUAUCGUUUCGGAGAGGCUACAGUGGUAGCGGACUUCAACUGCGGAGGUAUGUUCCGCGCUUGGGUCGACGAUGCUGGCAAGGAGCGUAUGAUGGUGUUCAAGGAAGAGUUC